AUGGAUGGUGAUGGAGGCUUUGGUGGCCACGACAAACGAAGAAGCAAGUGUCCCUUCCAGUGUAAUGGAGCUGACCUUGGACCUGGUGCCGGUCUCCACUGUGGGCUCUCGGGACAGAGGGUGGAGGAAGCCAACCAAGUCGUCAGCCAGUACAGGUCCUCCACUCUGGGCUCUCGGGACAGAGGGUGGAGGAAGCCAACCAAGUCGUCAGCCAGGUACAGGUCCUCCACUGUGGGCUCUCGGGACAGAGGGUGGAGGAAGCCAACCAAGUCGUCAGCCAGGUACAGGUCCUCCACUCUGGGCUCUCGGGACAGAGGGGGGAGGAAGCCAACCAAGUCGUCAGCCAGGUACAGGUCCUCCACUGUGGGCUCUCGGGACAGAGGGUGGAGGAAGCCAACCAAGUCGUCAGCCAGGUACAGGUCCUCCACUGUGGGCUCUCGGGACAGAGGGUGGAGGAAGCCAACCAAGUCGUCAGCCAGGUACAGGUCCUCCACUGUGGGCUCUCGGGGACAGAGGGUGGAGGAAGCCAACCAAGUCGUCAGCCAGGUACAGGUCCUCCACUGUGGGCUCUCGGGACAGAGGUGGAGGAGGCCAACCAAGACGUCAGCCAGGUACAGGUCCUCCACUGUGGGCUCUCGGGGACAGAGGGGGGGGGAAGCCAACCAAGUCGUCAGCCAGGUACAGUCCUCCUCUGACUGCACCUGGUCACCUAUAGAGACCUGUCAACAGGAAGUGGUCACCAUAGAGACCUGUCAACAGGAAGUGGUCACCUAUAGAGACCUGUCAACAGGAAGUGGUCACCUAUAGAGACCUGUCAACAGGAAGUGGUCACCUAUAGAGACCUGUCAACAGGAAGUGGUCACCUAUGGAGAACGGUGCCAACAGGAAGGAUGUUAAGAGCCACAUCCCUUUCAGUGCCUGACUCUGAACCUUGGAAUGGAUUUGUUGUAAGAAAAGUGCUACGUAAGUCAGGAUUGAUUUGAUUGGGGCAAAGGGGGGAUGUGACAUAUUUACCUUGAUUUGAUGGAAAGGGGGGAUAUGACAGAUUUUUACCUUGAUUUGAUGGGGGAAAGGGGGGAUAUGACAGAUUUACCUUGAUUUGAUGGGGGAAAGGGUGGAUAUGACAGAUUUACCUUGAUAUGAUUUGGGAAAGGGGGGAUAUGACAGAUUUUUACCUUGUCAGCUCGGGGAUUCGAUCCAGCAACCGUCCGGUGACUUGCCCAACGCUCUAACCACUAGAAUACCUGCCGAUUGAUGACAUCACAGCUGUAGAAUAUAUAAUAAGCUGUCAUUUUCACAUGAGGACAAGUGCAGUUUUUUCCAUAAACUUUUAAUUAAUAACUUGGGAUUUUACCACGACAUAUCAACCAUAUAGUGGGAAGGAGCCUAUAGAUCCAGACUGUGUGAGGGCAUGUACCACUCAGAAUAAAUAAAUACUGUACCUUUUAAA